AAAAAGAAAACCUAUCACAACUAAAAAUCAGUAUCAGAAAAAUAUGGCGAAAGCUUUCUUCUUCAAAAUAUUCUUCUUCUUCUUCUACCGCAUUCUGUUCAGAAAACUAAAAACCCUGCGCAGAAGUUUCAGCAACAGGCAUGCAAUUAGCUACUCAUCAAGUGUUAAAAAACUUCACAAGUUUCAUACUCUUUCUUCCCACAGAUCUGAUGAUCAUGAUGAGCUCUCCAACGCGAUUCUGAUCUUCAACGUGGAAAGAUCUUUGCUGAAAUCUUCUUCUAUGUUUCCAUACUUCAUGCUCGUCGCUUUCGAAGCCGGUGGUCUCUUUCGGUCGCUUCUUCUUUUUGUUAUGUACCCUUUUAUCUGCUUGUUGAGCCAGGAAAUGGGGUUGAAAGUGAUGGUGAUGAUCUGCUUCUUCGGCAUCAAGAAGAAGAGCUUUAGGGUUGGCACCGCCGUGCUGCCCAAGUUCUACUUAGAGGACGUCGGGUUCGAGAUAUUCGAGGUGCUCCAAAGGGGUUCCAAAAGAGUGGCUUUCACGGAUUUUCCUGUUGUUAUGGUGGAGAGUUUCUUGAGAGAUUAUUUGCAGAUUGAUGUUGUGGUGGGAAGAGAGCUUAAGGUGUUUGGUGGGUACUAUUUGGGAAUCAUGGAAGAGACCAAGAAGAAAGAUAUUCACGACGUAGCUUCCUAUAUUGAUGAAAUAAUUGUCACAGCAGAUCAGAAAGGCAGUACCAACGGUUCUGAUGUUAUUGGCAUCACCGACUUCAACAGCUUUUGCGAUCAUCACCAAUUAUUCUCCCAUUGCAAGGAUGUGUACUUGGUGAUUAAAGCAGACAAGAGAAACUGGCAGAACCUACCCAGAGAGAAUUAUCCCAAGCCCCUGAUCUUCCAUGACGGUAGAUUGGCUUUUAGACCAACCCCUCUGCGGACCCUACAAGCCCUUUUGUGGGGCCCAUUUGGGCUUGUCCUCUCCGUGGCUAGGGUCGCAAUUGCCCUGUCACUCCCUUACGGCAUCUCCUGUCCCAUACUAGCCUUCAGCGGGCUGCGCUUGACGGUCACGAAGCCCAAAUUCCCCGGCCCAAUUAAAAAGCCCAAGGAGGGAGGUCAGUCGAAGUCGAAAGGGCUCCUCUACGUGUGCAACCACAGAACUCUGCUGGACCCGCUCUACCUCUGCUUCGCCUUGAAAGCCAACCUCACCGCGCUCACCUACAGCCUGAGCAGAAUGUCGGAGAUACUCGCGCCAAUCAGAACCGUUCGUUUGACGAGAAACCGCAAUCAGGACUCUAUCAAGAUGGAAAAGCUGUUGAAUCAAGGGGACCUUGUUGUAUGUCCCGAGGGAACCACGUGUAGGAGGUUCAGCCCGCUUUUUUCGGAGAUCGCGGAUGACGUGGUCCCGGUCGCUGUGGGAACCCACGUAAGCAUGUUUCACGGCACCACUGCCGGUGGGCUCAAGUGCCUGGACCCACUUUUCUUCCUCAUGAACCCUUCGCCGAUCUACACCGUCCAGAUAUUGGAAAAGCUGUCGGGAUUGUCCACGUGUCGCGACAGUAAUGAAUCCAGAUUCCACGUGGCGAAUCAGGUGCAGGGCGAGCUUGGGAAGGCGUUGGAAUUUGAAUGCACAAAGCUAACGAGGAGGGAUAAAUACUUGAUUCUGGCGGGCAACGAAGGGAUGGUAACUUCUACAGAGUGAUGUAAAUUUAAAAACAACUCAAAAAGAUUGAGAUAACAAUUCUGUUCUUUUGCUGUUGUAUUCUGAAUAUAUAAUCUUUUUUUUUUCUUUUGUUAGUUUUCUAUUACGAUGUUCCAAAACUACAGUAAUUGAGGAUAAAAAAUGAAAAAGAAGAGAUAGAAAUCAUAGAGGAACUCUUGCUAUUUUGUAUUUAGUGCUUAUGUGUGAUUUGUAUAUUCCAACCAUUGCUGAGUUCAGGUGAUCAAGU